CACCGACCGCAGCCCCAGCCUGACUCCCGCCUCUCGCCUUCCCGCCGCCGCAGCAUGAGCUUCACCGCCAGCUCCAGCUUCACCAGCUACCGGUCCCUGGGCUCCGCGCGGGCGCCCAGCCUCCGGGCCCGGCCGGCCAGCAGCGCGGCCAGCGUCUAUGCAGGCGCCGGCGGCUCCGGCUCCCGGAUCUCCCGGUCCAGCGUCAGCAGGUACCGGAGCAGCUGGGGGUCCGGAGGCCUGGCCUCGGGCGUGGCCGGGACUCUGGCGGGCAUGGGGAGCAUCCAGAACGAGAAGGAGACCAUGCAGGAGCUGAACGACCGCCUGGCCUCCUACCUGGAGAAGGUGAGGAGCCUGGAGGCGGAAAACCAGAGACUGGAGAGCAAAAUCCGGGAACACCUGGACAAGCAGGGGCCCCAGGACAGAGACUGGAGCCGUUACUUCAACACCAUCGAGGAGCUGAAGGCUCAGAUCUUCAAAAGUUCUGUGAACAACGCCCGCAUCGUUCUGCAGAUUGACAAUGCCCGACUGGCUGCUGAUGACUUCAGAGUCAAGUAUGAGACGGAGCUGGCCAUGCGCCAGUCCGUGGAGAGUGACAUCCAUGGGCUCCGCAAGGUGAUUGAUGACACCAACGUCAUGCGCCUGCAGCUAGAGACGGAGAUCGAGACUCUUAAGGAGGAGCUGCUCUUCAUGAAGAAGAACCACGAGGAGGAAGUAAAGGGUCUACAAAUCCAGAUCGCCAACUCUGGGUUGACUGUGGAGGUAGAUGCCCCCAAAUCUCAGGACCUAGGCAAGAUCAUGGCAGAUAUCCGGGCCCAGUAUGACGAGCUGGCUCAGAAGAACCGAGAGGAGCUGGACAAGUACUGGUCCCAUCAGAUUGAGGAGAGCACCACAGUGGUCACCAUGCAGAGCACUGAGGUAGGAAAGGCUCAGGCGACCCUCACGGAGCUAAGACGCACGGUCCAGUCCUUGGAGAUCGAGCUGGAAUCCAUGAGAAACCAGAAGGCCAACUUGGAGGACAAUCUGAGGGAGGUGCAGGCCCACUACGCCCUUCGGAUGGAGCAACUCAACGGGGAACUGCUGCACCUGGAGUCAGAGCUGACCCAGAUCCGGGCAGAGGUGCAGCGCCAGACCCAGGAGUAUGAGUCACUGCUGAACAUCAAGGUCAAGCUGGAGGCUGAGAUCAACCACUACCGCCGCCUGCUAGAAGACGGGGAAGACUUCAAACUCAGUGAUGCUUUGGACUACAGCAACUCCGUGCAAACCAUCCAUAAGACCUCCCGCAGGAUUGUGGAUGGCAAAGUGGUGUCUGAGAUCAGUGAUACCAAAGUUCUGAAGCACUGAGUCAGCAGAAGUGGGGCACCCUUUGGGGAGCAGGUCAAUAAAAAGUUCUGAGGUCA